AUGGUCUAUAGUUCUACAUGUGCGGCAAUAAUCCCCACAACUCCACCUCUCUUCAUCUACACCAAUAGCACGCUCAGAUUCGAAUUCGACUUCAACAGUAGAUUUACCGGUAACCCAUUCAUCCGCGACAACACAUCUCAACUAUCGAGAACCUCCAACUUUGCACCAAAUUAUCAGAACCUCUCAUCUAUGUCACACGAAUCACCUUGUUCCAGUCGAAUAAAUGACCUGGUGUCUAGCAAAGAACGCGGAAUAGCAGUCAACAAGACAAACGGACUUCAGGCGUACAAGAAAUAUCAAAUGAGGAUGAGACAACAAGGUAAGGCGGAAGAACAGGAAAAAAACGUAUGGGGUGGAAGCAUAACGAGAGAGCGGGGUCACUUUGGAUAUUGGACAUCAAACUAG